AUGCUCUGCAACAAGGCCAUGACGUUCUCGGACGUCCAGCGUUUGUACCACGACGACGUGAGUGUCGUCUGGCGCUUCUGCGCGGCGCAGACACAUGUAGCGUCGCCCUCUCUCCAGCGCUUUCUCCAGCGCCUGCGCCGCCUCGUCCUUAUCUUUAGCCUCGCGUCGCCCGCGGCCGCCGAAGGUCACCCCGCCGUGCCGCGCCUGCACGCGUUUCUACUGCGCUACGUCGUGCCGCUCUCGCGCGAGCUCCAAGCGCGCGGACAUUGCAUUAGCUAAUAGUGCUUCAACCAGGAACGCGAAUGGAAGUCGUCCUUGCCGAAUCCAAUGCCAAGAAUCGAUGAGACUUAUCCCGCGCCAUGGCGCUUCCCGACACUCGAAUAGCUUAGCCCUUACCUUCGAAACUGCCUGCGAC